AUGGCCUUCUUGCGAGAAAAGCUGGAGGAAGAAACACAGUCUCUUGGGCAAGACUGCAAAUUUCGUCUCCAAAAAGCAUUCAACGCCGCAGAAAGACUAUUUGCAAUAUUGGGCGAAGAGAACCGAUUGCUGUUUGAGCAGAAUAAUGAGAAAGUCUCUCGAACGUCCAUCAAAUGCACGGUGGUCGGCAAUGCCAAGAUCAUGAGUUACGACGACAUAAGUUGA